AAUAAACUCAAUUGAUUUAUCUCUAUAAAGACCCGUCGUCUCUCAUCACCUUCAACAAAUCACAUCUCUACUCUUUCCUUGAACCUGAUUUCUCCAAUCAAAUAAAUAGUUAGCUCUUUGUGUACUCAUCGAUCGUAGUACAAAUACUACAUACUCAAAAUCAACGAUGGUGUUUCCAGCGUGUAUUCAGUGCGGAACGAGGCAAAACCCAUGUCGGUGCAAAGUGGUCGGACCAACGCUAGGGUUCGUGGCUUUUCUGAUAACCGGAAUCAUCGAGUGGCCAGUUGGUGCGGUGGUUUAUAUCUUCAAACACGCCAAGGGUCGCCGUAUCAUGGGUCACCCAGCCAGACAUGUCUACCCCAAAGUCUCAAGAUCUAUCCCCAUUUGACUUUCUCAUCGUUAUCAUGCUUUUGUAUUUGCUUGACUACUAAAUGCUCCUACUUUUUUUUUUUCCUUAAUAAGAUAUAUAUGAUCACAUAGUCAAAGAAUAUGUAAUCGUUGUAUAAUAAUGACCAAAAUAUUAUUAUAUUAUGUGUUUGAAUCGAGCCUUUUCAGUCUUAUUUGAUUUUACUUUGAUCAUUGAUGUAUACUUUUUAAUUUGUUUUCUUUUUCCGUUCUUUGUAAUGUAAUGUAUACUCGUGUAAGGUAGUAAAAUUUUAUAAUGAACCCAAGCUUAUGAUCAAGAGAA